AUGCUACGAUUCGUAGAACUUCAUUCCUGCGCUGAACAGCCCUGCAAAAACAAAGGAACAUGUUUCGACACUUGGGAUUCGUAUAUCUGCAGGUGUUUGUCGGCGUUCACCGGGGCAGAAUGUGAAGAGAGUAAGAAUGUUUCUGCCGCCAAACUCCAUUCCUGCGCUGAGAAGCCUUGCAAGAACAAAGGAACCUGUGUUGACACUUUUGAUUCGUACUACUGCAGGUGUUUAUCGGCUUUCACCGGUGCAGACUGUGAAGAGAAGCUUAAGUCCUGCGCUGAAAGGCCCUGUAGAAACAAGGGAACUUGUGUUGACACGUGGGAUUCGUACAGUUGUUCUUGCUUAGCUGCUUUCACCGGUGAAAAAUUCAUUCCUGCGCUGAAGAGCCCUGUAAAAACAAAGGAACUUGUGUUGACACCAGGGAUUCUUUCAGUUGUUCGUGCUUGUCUGCUUUCACUGGUGGUGUUUGCGAACAGAAACUUCAAUCCUGCGCUGACGAGCCGUGUAAAAAUCGAGGAAGUUGUGUGGACACGUGGGAUUCUUAUAACUGUUCGUGCUUAUCGGCCUUCACGGGUGAAAAUUGCGAACAGAGUAGGAUCUUAUUGUUUCUAACU